AUGACCUUGACGCAUUGGGUGUGUGCAGAAGCUUACAAUCCUGAUGAGGAAGAGGACGACGCAGAAUCUAGGAUUAUUCACCCUAAAACAGAUGAUCAAAGAAACAGACUGCAGGAGGCGUGCAAGGACAUUCUUCUUUUUAAGAACCUAGAUCCGGAACAGAUGUCUCAGGUGUUGGAUGCGAUGUUUGAAAAGCUGGUUGAAGGAGGGGAACAUGUCAUUGAUCAGGGGGAUGAUGGUGACAACUUCUACGUCAUUGAUAG